AUACGUGAAAGCGCCGAAUGCAUUUGUUUACGCCACCCUUAUGAGAUGAAGGCAGUUUCAAAGAAACCUGCAAAUCAAAGUGAACUGUUGCAAACUAGACAAUCCUUACCAGUAUGGAAACAUAAAGAUGUAUUGAUUGAUACUAUUAUGAAAAGUGAACAUUGUGUUAUUGUGGGAUCAACAGGGUCUGGUAAAACUACGCAAAUCCCUCAGUUUUUAUAUGAAAAGAAUUUAACUAACGAGGGGAUUAUUGCGAUAACUCAGCCUAGGCGUGUUGCUGCCAUAAGUAUUGCACUACGUGUUGCAGAUGAAAUGGACCGUGGUCCUGUUGGCAUCGGACCAGUUGGUUAUAGUGUAAGAUUUGAAGAUAUGUCAAGUGACAAGUCCACACACUUAAAAUAUAUGACUGAUGGUAUGCUAUUACGUGAAGCUAUCUUAGAUCCUAAUCUCUCACGUUAUCGUUUUAUUAUUUUGGAUGAAGCUCAUGAACGCAGUUUGAAUACUGAUAUAUUAUUCGGAGUAGUUUUAUCCGCGGCGAAAAGACGCUCAAAACUUCACUCUCUUCGAGAAAAUCCUAAUAAUACCCUUCUGCCUAGUAAAUUAAAUGGUUUAAGGAAAGAUAUUCAAAAUAACAAAAGGUUUCUUCCAUUGCUAAAGAUCAUUGUUAUGUCAGCUACAAUCGAUCCAACGCCUUUUUUAAAUUUCCUUGGCCCAGAUCAUACUCAAGUUGUGUACAUAGAAGGUCGACGGCAUCCUAUAAAGAUCCUAAAUGUUUCUCAGUCUUUAACAGAUUAUGUGGCGGAUGCAGCUUCUGUUUGUAUUCGGAUUCAUAAUUCAAAGAAUUCUCCUUUAGACCGUGGUAUUUUAAUUUUUCUAACUGGUGAAGAAGAGAUUAUGCGAUGUUGUUCCCUAAUCAAACAAUUAUCUCAUUCAACAAAUAUCGAUCGGAUGAAUUCAAUUAAAAAUGGACUUGCAGUAUUUCCACUUUUCUCAUCAUUACCUCAGAUCCAACAGUUGAAAGCAUUAAAUUUUUGUGAUAAUAAUCAGCGUAAAGUGAUAGUCAGUACAAAUUUAGCAGAAACAUCUAUUACCAUUCCAGGUAUACGUUAUGUGAUAGAUUGUGGGCGCGCGAAAAUAAAAGACUGGGAUCCUAAAACCGGGUUUGAAUGUCUUCGUGUUCAAUGGAUUUCCAAAGGACAAGCAUGGCAGCGUUCAGGACGUGCUGGACGUGAAGCAGCAGGUGUUUGUCUUCGAUUGUAUACAGAUUCAGAAUAUAAAAAUAUGCCACUUCAACCUAGACCGCAGAUUUUGCAAGCUCCACUCAGUGGAGUUUUACUGAACCUUGUAUCUAUGAACAUAAAGAAUCCUACUGAAUUUCCAUGGUUAUCUUCGCCUAAACCAUCCUCUAUUGAAGCUGGGAUUAAACUACUUCUUCAGUUAGGUGCUGUUGUGGUGAAUGAUGAUGAAGCAGAACCGUUAUCUUCCAAAUGCUCUCAGGAUGCAAUAACUAGCACGGAUUCGAAUAAAUUAAAUGAUUCUGUAAAAAUUCCCUACCCAAUCUCUCUUACAGUUCUUGGACGACUUAUGUCAGCUUUCCCAUUGGAGCCAAGAUUUUCCAGAACAUUGAUUUCUGCUGCUUAUUUGGGUUGUCUAAUCGAAAUACUAAGUAUUAUAAGUAUGCUUUAUGUUUGUCCUGUGUUUUAUGUGCCAGUUGAGAAACGCAGUGAAUUUUCAGAAGUACAGUCUCGAUUUCGUCAUCCAUCUGGUGACCUCGUCAGCCUUCUUUUAGUCUAUCGUGGAUUUGUUAAAGCUACUAAAGAUGCUCGUUCACAAAAAUCAAUCAAUUCAAAAAACCAUUCUCAAUCAACUAUAGAUUGUUCUAUACAAUCUCCGUCAAAAUGUAAAUUGUUCAAACGUAAUUCAAAGAUUCAAUGGUGUCGUGCCAAUUUUAUAAACAGAUCACGUCUAGAAACAGCUGUACGUGUACGUGGUCAACUAAAACAGAUUGCCCAAAGUACAGGAUUGACUGAUUAUAUGCAUUCAUGUGGAACAAAUGUAGAAAAAAUUGUACAAGCCUUUCUUUUGUCGGGUUUUCAAGAUCAGGUAGUGUAAAAAGAUAUUUUGUUGAAAAGCAAAAAGAAAUAUCACUUCGAUUGUUCCAUAUAGUCAGAAUAUAUAUGUGAUUGCUAGCAAUGCUUAUUAUCGAAUAUUUAAAUAAGUUUUCAAUUUAUAUAUUUAUGGAAUCUAAUCUUCGACUAAUAUCAUUGAUUCCGUUCGAAAUUAUUAGAAAAGGCAAUGCGCUGGGCACAAGACAAAGUUCACAAUAAAAUGUGGAGAAAUGAAAAUAAAAUGUCGGCUUGACGGUAAUUUAUGGACUAAUCAAUCAGAUUUAGGACAUCAGGUCUUACAUUUUGGCAUGAAAUUCAUUCAUCCAUUUGGUCAGAGAGCGUUCUAGCAUUUUAGCUGAUGUUAGUUUGUAAUGAAAACCUUAAAUCUAAUUCCUAACCCUAACCAUCAACUGUAAAUCAUAAUCCUCAUUUAGCCCUAGUAAGUAGGUGGACAUUCUCAAGGCCAGUUUAACGUCGCUCAAUGAUCAUUCAUAAUUAUAAUCUAACCGAAAUUUGUUAUAUAAAAGUCUGAUUGAAUGUGUAUAUCAUCUGAAAUUGUUUGUCUAAGUUAGAUGGUUAUAAAACGAUUAGACAGUAUAUUGAAACUAUUCCUAACAUAGACAUGCCAACUCAUUGAUUCAUUAAAAGUUGAUUUUUUUUAUUAUUAAUCAUUAUUCUGGAACGAAUAUAUGUUCCCCAGUUACUUAGACACUCAAUUCACUGCUUCAAGUUUGCUAUAUCUGAGUGAACUGAGGUCACUUUUAAUAACUAUUAAUAUCUAGCUAAUUGAAUUUAGAAAUACGUCUAGUCGGAUACUAACUCGAUGGUUUUGAUGGUUAAGCGUUCGUUCCAAAACUAGUAAGUUCUAGGUUCUAUGUAUAGUGGUUUAGUGCAUGUGUGUUUGUGUACUGUCGGGUAGUCCCACGCUAGAACAAAACUGCUAUCCAACGCUUUAUGGUUUUCGAUAAUGGUCUUACUAAGAUCGGGUUGUGAUCUAAGCUAUGGAGAUUCAACAGUCUUCACAAAAUCCCUUUCACUUAUUUGCUUACUUACGCCUGUUACUCCCAAUGGAACAUAGGCCGCCGACCAGCAUUCUUCAACCCACUCAUUCUGUCAUGCACCUUCCAACUUUUGUUCAUUCUUCUCAUGUUUGUAUCCAUUUCUCGGUGUAAUAUGUUCUUUGGUCUUCCUCUUUUCCUUCGGCCUUCAGGAUUCCAUGUGAAGGCUCGGCUUGUGACGCAGUUGGGCGAUUUCCUCAAUGUGUGUCCUAUCCAAUUCCAGUGCUUCUUCCUGAUUUCUUCCUCCACUGGAUGGAAUCUGAUUUGUUCUCUCCCACAGUAGAAUGUUUCUGAUAGUGUUUGGCCAACGGAUCUGAAUUAUCUUGCGUAAACAACUGUUAAUAAUCACUUAUGUCUUCUGGAUGAUGACUUUCGUAGUUCUCCAGAUUUCCGCCCCAUACAGUAGAACUGUAUUGAGAUUUUAACGGAGCAGAGUGAAAAUAUGUAACAAAAUGUUCUCUUUCGCCUAGUGUCGGGGAUAUUUAAUCCAUCCAAUAUAUAAUUUAUUACGAAUAGAUCAUUUAUAAUAUUAUAUGAUUAUCAUUUGUUUAACUUUGAUUUUAUUCUAUUUACCAUUCAUAUAGGUUGUAAUUCUUUCUGAACUGUCAAAAUCGUACAAAGGUGGUGAUACUCAACGAUUAGUCAAAAAUUCACAUCAUCCCAUAUAUGUACAUAGUAAAACUAUUAAUUUAUCAACAAAUUCACCACAAGAAUUAUUAAUUCAUCCAGAAUCACAAUUAUACACAUCUUCACUGAAUAAUCCACCUUCAUGUUUACUCUUUAUUGAAGCUGUCACAAGUAGUGAAUAUAAAUUUCAAUCUAACAAUCCAAUAGAACAAAAUGAUCGUGUUUUUAUGCGACAUAUUUCAAUCAUUGAUCAAUCAUGGUUAUCACUUAUAGAAAAUUUACCAAAAUCAAUAAUGAACACUAGUAGUUGCCUACCAAAUCAAACAAAUAGAAAAUUAUCAUUAAAAAUGAAAAUAACUUCAUCCAAUUUUGAACAGCCACCUUUUAACAAGAAGCGUCGAACUAUUAACAAUAGUGAUGAUAAUCAUAAUGUUAAUGAUAAUAGUAAUAAUAAAUUAAUAUCAUUUCAACUGACUUCAAAUGAUACAAUUCCUAAUAAUAGUACAACUAUUCAUAUAAACAAUACUUUAUUCACAAAUUGUAAUGGAUUAAUAAAGUCUGAACAUAUCAAUCGGUUAUCUGAAAAAAGUAUGUGCACACCAUUAAGUCGUAGUCAAAAACGACGACUGGCUAAACGUCGAAAACGAAAUUUAACUCUUCCAUUUGUAAAUAAUAACAAUACCAAUACUACUGAUAAUAAUAUUAGUAGUAAUAAUACAGAUUGAAAGGGGUUACCUUUAUACAUGCAUCUAUUUUUUAUGUAUAUGUGAUGAUUCUUUUUUUUGUAUUUUCUUUCAGAUUCUUCUGUAUAUUUUAUUUAUGGUGUGUUUUCUUUAUGCUUUUUUUCUCUUCUUCUCUUCACAUAUUUCUACUUUCAAGAUUUUAUUGAACACAUUCAUAGAUUCGAACAAGAUUAUUGGGUGUGUAUAUAUAUUUAUGCACUAAACUUUGUGUAUAUUUAUAUUUUCUUAUUAUAGCUUUUCUUUUUAAACAAUGAUGAAAUCAGAUAAAUUUAUUUCUCUGUAGUC